GAGAAAAAUUCCUCCACCCCUCCAUCGAAGAAAGGAGAGAAAGAGGAAUGGAGAGAAGAGGAAGAACGGAACACGAAACAAGAGACAAAAAUAUGGAGGAAAGAGAGAGAAAAUGUGAUAGUGAGAGAGAAAGGCUGCCCGAAGUGGAGGAAGCGAGGGAGGUACAGGUGUUAUUUCAAGAGGACGGCAUCCCCUCCACUUCCACUUACCUGCGCUACCUGGGAACGCUGCCUCACCUGUAUCAGCUGACUGUCUGUUUCCGUCUUCACCUGUUGCAAGCUAGACAGGAAAUUCUCAUCAUUUCUUACGCUCACGAGAACUAUGACAAUGAGCUGUACUUAGGGUUGAGCUACGAGAAGCAGGAGGUGUCUGUGGUGUGCUGCCAGCACCGGUGGUCGCUGGACGUGGGCGUCACGCUCAGGCUGCGGCGCUGGUCCUCCUUCUGCCUGGCCGUGGACCUGCACACGCGCAAGACCCACGUGGUGCAGGACGGCCUCCUGCAGGGCGGCCACGAGGGCACGCUGGUAGCGGGGGGCGGCGAGGUGCGCGUGGCUGGGGGCGGCACGCUCUUCGUGGGGCAGGAGCAGGACUCGCCCGGGGGAGGCUUCAACGAGUUCCAGAGUCUGCGGGGCUCCGUGGGGGACCUGCGCGUGUACGGCGAGGUGCUGCCGCUGGAACAGAUGAAGGCCCUCACGGCGUGCCAGGCGCCCAACGCCCUGGAGGAGCCGCUGAUUGACUUCUCCAACGUGACAGGGGACUUCGAGGUGAGCGACGCCACCCUGCUGGAGGCGCCUCUGCCCUGUGACCUGCGGGGCGAGGCCUUUCACGUGGUGUUCCCCGAGCCGCGGCUGUUCCGCGAGGCGCAGCAGCUGUGCCACGUGCUGGGCGGUGCCAUGGCGGUGCCGCGCAACGCCUCGGAGAACGCGGCGCUGUUCCAGCUGGCGGCGGCCACGGCGGCGGGCUGCGGCGACGGCACGGGCGACACGCUGUGGCUGGGCGUGCAGGGCAGCCCGGAGCAGCAGGCGUGGCUGGACGUAGCCUCCGCCACGCCCGUCAACUACACCAACUACGACCAGCGGCGAGGCAUGACCAUUGAGCAGCCCGAGGUGUGCGUGGCCUUCAAGGGCACCCGCGCUGUGGUGGGCGCCUCGCGCGGCUCCUGGGUGCCGCGCCGCUGUGACCUGGAGCGCUGCGCCGCCUGCCACUUCCACGCCCUGCCCAUCGUGCGGGUGCGCGGCCUGUGCGCCAAGUCAGAGUUUGACAAGGAGUACUUCCUGCUGGCGGGCGGCGGCGAGGUGGCCUUCAGCGGCGUGUACUACUCCCUGCUGGCCAAGCUGCCGCCCGCGGCCAACGACUCCGGCGUGGGGGACUUCGGGGCGUGGCGCCUCACACGCUACGACAAGCCGCAGGUGACGGCCACGUUGGCCAGGACCUCGCCCACGCACUACCCGCUUGGCCUCAACACCUGGACCUUCGCCAACGACGUGUGUGGGCGUGGCGAGGCGCGGCUGCGCGUCACGUCAUGCGGCAUGGGCGAGUUUUCCUGCGACGACGGCAGCUGCGUGGGCCUGACGCGGCGCUGCGACAUGGAGGUGAACUGCCCCGACGGUUCCGACGAGGCGGGCUGCAGCGUGCUGAGGCUGCCCGACGGCUACAACAAGAUGGCGCCGCCGCCACGCCCACGCCCCGGCAGCCCCGUGCCCGUGGCCCUGCACGUCACCAUGCUCUCCGUGCGUGCCUUCGACCUGACAGGCUUCAAGUUCGUGUGCGAGCUGGAGGUGCGGCUCUCCUGGCACGACGCGCGCGUCACCCUGCGCCACCUGCACCGCCAGGAGACGCUCAACGCCGUGCACCUGCGGGAGGAGCACGCCCCCUGGAUGCCGCAGAUGGAGUUCUUCGGUGACGCCUACACCACCAGCGACGUGGAGGAGCGGCGCUCCCUCCUGCUGGCCAGGCGCGCCUCUGACCCCCUGCCCGAUGACGAGGAAAACCUGUGGGAGGACGAGGUGUUUGCGGGCAGUGACAACCCUCUGGUGCUCCUCAACAAGCUCACUGUCACCACGUCCUGCCAAUUUGAUCUCAUCACUUUCCCCUUUGACACACAAACCUGCAGGCUGGGAGUGGUGUUGCUGGGCAUGACCAAGGAGUACAUCGCCCUGGUCCCUGAGGACAGUGGCGUGACCUAUCUGGGCAAGAGGAAGCUGCUGGAGUACUACCUGCAGAGUGAGAAAAUGGUGCCUUACGACGAGGGCAAGUACAGCGGCCAGGCGGUGGAGCUGACCUUCCGCAACCUGUCCACCUUCUACAUCACCUCCACCUACGUGCCCACCUUCAUUAUCGUGGUCAUCGGCUACCUGGUCUUCUUCUUCCCCCUCGACGACUUCAACGAGCGCAUCAUGGUGGCUCUGACGGCGCUGCUGGUGGAGGCCGCCUUCUUCACGCAGAUGAGCGCGUCCAUCCCCCAGACGGCGUAUCUGAAGCUGGUGGAUGUGUGGUUCGUGUUCUGCAUCAUCAGCCUCUUCCUGGUGGUGGUGACUGUGGCCUUCAUCAACUGGGUCAGGAAGUGCGCCCCGUCUAUCCUACUGCGUGCGAAGGGGUCGGCAAGGAGGACCCAGAAGGAGGCUGUGGGGGCGCGGCGCGUGGCUCUAGCAGCCUGGCUCAACCUCCUGUGUCGACUGGUGUGCCCCAUCCUCACCACACUCUUCCUGGUCUUCUACCUCACCAUGGCAGCCCUCAUAGAGAUACCCAAGCUGGAUAUCACCCUCGUGCAGUGACCGGUGGUGUUUGCUUGAGUUAUCCCUUAUGACUAUUGUUUGGUGGAUACGUUUUCUGUUUCACGUUUUCUCUCUUGAACUUGUCUGGUAAUGUGUUCCGUGGUUUAUUUUGGUUUCUCUUACUUUUGUUUUGCUUUUUUUUUCACAAUUUCUUCUUAUUUUUGGUUUCAUUUUUUCCUCCUAUAUUUAUCGUGUCACAUAAUCUCUCUCUCUCUCUCUCUCUCUCUCUCUCUCUCUCUCUCUCUCUCUCUCUCUCUCUCUCUCUCUCUCUCUC